AUGUUCUCCAACGCAACAACUUCUGGCGCAGAGCCAAACAAAGCUCCGAACUUCACACACACCUCCAAAUAUAUAUCACCUCCAAUCCACGACCGCACAAACAGCAAUGCAUCAUUCUCCUCCUCCGCCUCAACCGACGCGCCCGAUCCCUAUACUUCAAUCUACCCAGACGGCAAGAUGUCACUAGCGGGGAUCUCGCUGCGCGCAAUGCUCCUGGGAACCAGCCUCGGGGUAUCAGCAAGCAUGGCGCUAUUCCUAAGCACCGUGUACCCAACUCCACUCUGGCGCGUUCCCUUCUUCGUCGCCUCGCUGAGCUUGUUCCACUUCCUGGAAUUCUACGUGACAGCGAAGUACAACACACGGUAUGCGACUGUCUCCGCGUUCCUGCUGUCAUCGAACGGAUGGGCCUAUAAUCUCGCACACGGAUCUGCCAUUGUGGAAUGCCUUGUGGCACAUAUUUUCUGGCCUGGGCAGACUGCUGCUGGGCGGACGUUCACUGUGACGGAACCGUUUUUCGGAAGCUCGAUCUCCCUGCUGCUUGUCGGGGGCUUUGUGCUUCUUUUGAUCGGACAGGUCAUUCGGACUCUUGCUAUGGCGCAGGCUGCUAGUAACUUUAAUCACCAUGUGCAGAGUCAGCACCAGGAGGGUCACGUUUUGGUUAAUACUGGUCUUUAUCGGUAUCUGCGGCAUCCGAGCUACUUUGGAUUCUUCUGGUGGGGACUGGGAACACAACUAGUGCUCGGAAAUAUGGUUUGCUUUGUUGGCUAUUCCCUAGUGUUGUGGCGGUUCUUCUCGAGCCGGAUCAGGCGCGAAGAAACUUAUUUGAUUUCAUUCUUCGGUGACGAGUAUGUUCAGUACAGAAAAGCUACUCCGGUGGGUAUCCCGGGAAUUUAG